GUGGGUACCGACACAAUCUCUGCGACAGAUCCUCUGCUGCCGGUCGGGUUCCAGACGUUUCUUCCCUACGGAAAAGGCUCGCGAUUUCCGGAUUUCCAGAGCUUCUGGUCCCGGCUGGUGCCUGAGGACAUCAUCGGCCCAGAGGCAAGGCAAGAAUAUCGGCUGGAUAUGAUGCAGAGGCCUUUGUCAGAUGAUUUCGUCAUUGACGUCAUGGCAGAGAACGCCGAUGGAAAUUCUUGGCAAGCUCUCGCCUUUGAUUGCGUCUACUCCUUCCUAGUAUCGAUCAACCAGCUCCUGCAUAAAGGCUUCAAGGAUCACGAAAUCAAGGGGGAGUUGCUUCUCAAGGAGCUGCGAAAUGUGAGCUUCACGGGAGUUUCCGGCCACAUCACCUUCAACGAGGAUGGCGAUCGCAUGGGCGAGUAUGAGCUCUU